AUGAGCCGGCAGUGCUACACCUCGGGCUCCAUCCUGGGACGACGAGGCUUCUCCUCGGCCUCCGCCGUCUGCGGCCUGGGCAGGCCCAGCAGCAGCUCGGCCUCGGUGUGCCAGCCCGCGGGCCGGCGGUGCGGGCUCGGCGGCUUCAGCAGCCGCAGCGUGUGCGACCUGGGCCGCGGCCAGAGGAUUUCCUUCGGGGGCAGCUGCCGCGGCGCGGCCUACGGCGCGGCCUACGGCGGGCCCGGCGCCGGGCGCUGCGGCGUCGCCUACGGCGGGGGCCGCUUCGGCGCCGUCCUGGGCUUCGGGAACUGUGCGAGCUUCGGGGGCCUGGGCAGCUACAGAGGCCUGGGCGACGGCGUGGCCGUGGGGGGCUACGGCGCGGGCCUCGGCGGAGCGCGGUCCGAGGGCAUCCGCGGCGUCAGCAUCCACCCCGAGCUGCUCAAGCCGCUCUGCGUGGGCGUGGACCCCGAGGAGUGCCAGGUGCGCACCCACGAGAAGGAGCAGAUCAAGAACCUCAACAACCAGUUCGCCUGUUUCAUCGACAAGGUGCGGCUGCUGGAGCAGCAGAACAAGGUGCUGACCACCAAGUGGGAGCUGCUGCAGCAGUAUGUGCUCCCAGCAUCCCGCAGAAACCUGGAGCCUGUGUUUGAGAACUUCAUCUGCAACCUGAGGAAGCAGCUGGAGUGUGUGAUGGGGGAGCGUGAGCGGCUGGAGAACGAGGAGCGCUGCCUGCGGGACCUGGUGCAGGAGUUCAAGUGCAAGUACGAAGAUGAGAUCAACAAGCGCACGGCAGCGGAGAACGAGUUCGUGGUGCUCAAGAAGGAUGUGGAUUGUCUCUACCUGACCAAGGAGGAGCUGGAGGUGAGGGUGGGUCUCCUGCGGCAGCAGCUGGAGUUCCUCAAGUGCAUCUACGCCGAGGAGAGGGCUCAGCUGGACUGUCAGCUGUGUGACACCUCUGUCAUCGUGCAAAUGGACAACAGCCGGGACCUGGACAUGGAGGGCAUCAUCAAAAGUGUGGAGUGCUGCUAUGAGGAGAUUGCCCAGAAGAGCAAGGCCGAGGUGGAGGCUUUCUACCAAACCAGGCUGGAGGAGCUCCACAGCAGCCGGGGCAAGUUCUGUGAUGACCUAAGGAACAACCAGAGCGAGAUUGCUGAGCUCAACAGGAUGAUCCAGAAGCUGCAGUGUGAAUCAGACAAUGUGAAGAAACAGAUCUCAGCCCUGCAGACUGCCAUCUGUGACGCCGAGCGGGGAGACUGUGCCCUCAAGGACGCCCGGCAGAAGCUGGUUGACCUGCAGACAGCUCUGCAGCAGGCCAAGGACAAGAUGGCCUGUCUGCUCAGGGACUACCAGGAGCUGCUCAACGUCAAGCUGGCCCUGGACAUUGAGAUUGCCACUUACAGGACGCUGCUGGAGGGAGAGGAGAGCAGGAUAUGCACCGGCAACCCUGUGAGCGUAGCCGUGGUCAGCGGCGGGGGCACGGUGGGCGAGUGCCGCUCGCUGUCCGGCAUCGGAGGCAAGUGCGGCGUCAAGAGCGGCGGGGCCGGCGCGGGGCUGGGCUUGGUGUCGUCCUUCGGCGGCGCCUUCAGCGCCCGCAGCGCGGACUGCGCGCCCAAGGGCGUUGCGGGGUUCGGGGCGCGCAGCGCCGCGGGCUGCGCGGGCAGGGAGGUGCUGGGCGGCGUGGAGGCGGUGCAGUGCGGCCCGGGCAUGGCCGGCGUCCUGGGCGGCGUGGUGUGCGCGGGCGUGGAGCCGUGCGGGCCCGGCGCCGUGCUGCUGCCCGCGGCUCCGGGGGUGUGCGGGAGCCGCUUCGGCACCGUGCGCGUGGUCAGGACGAGCCGGUAG